AUGGCUCAUGCACAAGCUAUUCAUAGUUCAUUCUUUGGAUUUGUGUGGACUUUUCAAUUUACAUAUACAACCAAUGAAUUAUCACAUAAUCAUAGUGAAAAUUAUAAUAAAUUAUCAUAUGAAAAUUUAAAACAACAAAUUCCUGAAUAUCUUGCGUCUCUUGCUUCUUUUCCAUGGUAUUUUGGAAUACCACCAUUAAUUUCAUACACAAUGAUUAAAGUGAUUCAUUCAAAUUCUUGCACGGUGGGAUUCUACGUAGCUAAUUUAGCUUUAAGUGCAUUUUAUCUCGUUGGAUGUUGGGAACUUUCUAGGCAUGAUAUUUCAAUAUUAAGCUGGGAAG